AGAGAAACUCAACACUCUCUCCAUCACAAUUCACAAGACCACUAUCUCUCAAGAUCACCCUGCAAAAUAAACAAAUAUAAUAGUCACUGAUCACUUUGAGUCUGACAAAGAUGGCAAGAACACCUUCAUGUGACAAAAGUGGGAUGAGGAAAGGAACUUGGACUGCAGAGGAAGAUAGGAAGUUAACUGCUUAUGUCACUAGAUAUGGCUGCUGGAAUUGGCGCCAACUCCCCAAGUUUGCAGGUCUUGCAAGGUGUGGAAAGAGUUGCAGAUUGAGGUGGUUGAAUUAUCUAAGGCCUAAUAUCAAAAGAGGGAACUAUACUCAAGAAGAAGAGGAGAUCAUCAUCAGAAUGCAUAAAAAGCUAGGCAAUAGAUGGUCUACAAUUGCAGCUGAGUUACCAGGAAGAACAGAUAAUGAAGUGAAGAACCAUUGGCAUACCAGCCUCAAGAGAAGAGUUCAUGAACAGAACGCUACUACCAAUCAAGAAACCAAAGUCUUAAACUCAAAAAAUGUAGAAUCCACUUCAGGGAGGGACCAUGUUUCCAAAAAUGGAAGUGCUUCCCUACAAGUUACUUUUCCAGAAACUUCCCAAUUCUCAGACAGCACGGGUUCACUACCCCCCUUCUCAUCCUCCAGUGAAUUCUCUUGCAUAAGUUCAGAGCUGACUACUACUUCUUCCAGCAUUGAAAAGUUAGUGUUUGAAGAUGAUUUUGAUUUUCUGGAUGCUUUCACAGAGCAUGUCAAUGAAAAUUUCUGGUCAGACUCAGAGAAAUUUGAUCUAGCUAACAUUUCAUACACACCCAAUGAAACAGUGAUGCAAAUUGAUACUAAUUUUGCUCUUCAGAAUCAAGACACUACCCAGAUUUUUGAUGCUUGUGCAUUAUCUCCCAAUCAAUCAUCAAGCGACAGUUUGGUUCUUGAUAAUGACUUGGGCAGUUUUCUAGAUGCAAACACAGACCCAACAAUUGAUGAUUUUUGGAGACAGCCAUAUGUUACAGACACGUCCUUUGCGGCUGAAUCUGAAUAUUUUUCUACAGUAUACGAUGCUGCAGAUGAUCUUUGGAGUCAAAGUAAUUUGUACGAUGAACAACAUUUUUGCUUAUUCUAUUUCUAGUGAAUAAAUUAAAAUUAGUACAAGGUCAUCGGUAAUUUCAGAGUCACGCUACUGUUGUAUAUAAUUUCUUUAAGUAGCUGUUGUACUUUACAUGAGGAUCACGGUGGACUUCAGGUCAAAAAAAGCAGUUUUGGCACAUUUA